AUGGAGAAUAUUGAGAGGAAUGAGGGGAAGGAGGGGUCGUCGGCGGGGGAAAGAAAGGGGUUUGUGCCACUAGUUACGGUGGUGGACUUUCAUCAUGCGAGAGGACCGGAAGUCGAAUACUGGUUUGGGGCAGAAGAGGGGAGCGAUCCUGCGGUGGAAAAUGAAUGGCCUCUAUUACCAUUCAUGGCUUUAAGUGAUGGUGCGCAUGCAUCAACAGAAGAUUUCUCCUAUUUUACUCUUCUACGACCCGCGCGCGGAGAUCUACCUCCAACAUCCCUCUUCGGUAUCUCUUGCACACAACAAAUGGACGCCUCGAUAUUGAUCAAUCGCCCCGCGGAAGUCACACGAUCGACAGUACAAAAGGCUGUGGUUGUGAUUGCAGAUUCUCCGCAAUUUUUUGGAAUGUUGAGGGAGAGAUUGGGAGUUGUUACAAAAGCAUGGUUUGCACAACGAGAGUUCACAGAUACAGAGAUAUUGAAGAGGUUUCAAGAAAGUCUGGCGGAGGAAAAAAGUCGAGGAGAAUUGGGGGACAGGGAAGAGUAUCUAGGAAUGAGUUUGAGGGAGUUGGUUAAGGAGUUUAAAUGGCAAACUUUGGUGCUUUUCAAGUGUUGUUUGUUGCAACCGAAGAUGUUAUUUUUCGGUUCGAGGUGCGAGAGAUUGUGCAUGAUGCAGUUCUCACUUAUAUCUCUCAUACCGGGUCUGAUACGGAACUUACAAGAUUGUGCGGAUCCGGAAUUGGAUGAUUAUAGGAAAAACCUUGUGAAACCGACGAGUUUGAAAACUAGCGAUAGGACUUCAUUGCUGAAUUACAUGGGAUUGCCUUUGCAAAUAUUCGGCAAGGGAAGUCUUUUUGGCCCCUAUACCCCUUUACAGCAACUUGAUAUAUUAGCGGACUACGGCACAAAAUCGUAUAUUGUUGGAUCAACAAAUUCUUUACUUUUACAACAGAGAGAUCGAUAUAGCGACAUUCUUAUUAAUCUAGACGACCUUACCAUUAAUAUCACAUCCGCAUCACUAAGGUCUGCACUAACACUUUCUGCGGCCGAUCGACGAUGGAUCGAUUUCAUUACUCAAACUGUCAACGAUACUUGGGAUGAAUCUAAUCCAAGCCGACCUAAAACUAUGGGCUAUGUCGGUUCUGAAGAGUUCAUCCGAUUGCAGUUUGAGGAAUAUCUCCUCUCUUUGAUAUCUUCUGUCAAAUGCCAUAACUACCUUGUAGUCAAUGCACACAACCCCAGGGUGCAACUUCCACAGGUUGAAGGCGAUCCCGCUCAUGAUUUUAGCAUGGAUUGGAUCGACGCGUGGACGAGGAGUGAAAACUACGAAAUUUGGAAUAAUCACACAGAUUCGCACCUUUUUGAUAUCGUAGAACCUAAACAUCCUUGUGCAGGUGGUCUUACAAUUGAUGAUGUCCAAAGACGUAUUGCUGAACAGGUUAAGGAAAUGCAUCUUGAUGAAAGGUUUGCGGUAGGCAAGGAAGUCCUAGGCAGAAAUCUUGCAGCGGGGAAGGAAAGAGCUAGUACUGUUUUCAAUAAAUUGUAUUCAGAUAUGGAAGCCUAUCGGGAAAGCCAGAGAAAGAGAAACGAGGAAGCGAGAAUUGCGGCUGAGAAAGCGGCAACUGCAAGUGGGGCUUCAAGUCCAGUCAGCGUAACGGGAUUUAAUGAACCAAAGACCCCUUCGGUGCAGAGUAGAGCGGGUGCAUAUAUUGGGAGUUGGGGUACGUGGAUGGGAGAGAAAAGGAGAACUGGAUGGGGAAGAAGCUCGGGGAGUCAGGAAAAGGUCCAGCAGGUUACGAAUAAUGGGAAGAGAAACUCCAGGGGUUUUUUUGGGAAGGAAAAUAUACAGGUUGUGGACACGAAAACUGGAUUGGAGAGGAGUCCACUAAGUCCGAGAAGUUCCCAAGGGGGGUAUUCGCCAGUGGGGGAAAGGCCGAGGACGGCGGAGAGUUUUAAAGAAAGCAUCUUUGAUGCGGAGGCGGAGGAGAACGGAGAUGGAAAGACGGUGGUGGUAGAGAAGAUUAGUGAUGCGCCUGUGAGGGUCGAUAGUCCGGGGCAUUUGUCGGGGUUGCAUAAGGGGGCGACAGACCAUGAUGAUAGUGACGAUAGCGGUGAAGAGGAGAAGAAGACGGCCAAACCAACGCCCGUGUCUGUCGAACCAAAUGUGUGGAACGACGAAGGAAAUCGGGAAUCAGAUGAAGAUAAACAUGAGAGGGCAGAGAGAGUAGCACAGGCCAUGCAGGAGGCGGUUGAUUCUUCUAUUCAUUCGUAG